AUGGUUGAGCUACAGCCCAUCUUUCGGAAGGCCUACUGGACGCUGGCAGUCGCGGGUCUGGUAUAUGUGAGCCUUAUCUGCUCGCUCACAUGGCCCAACGUGCAACGAUUUGCCCUUUAUGCGAACAAAAUCAAUCCCGCAUUAUGGGAGGAUGUCAACCAGGUCGAGCGUUUCGGGUUCCUAAAAACGCAGGUUCAACCCUUCAAUCUGGUGACUCCUGAUAACGAGACGCUCUACGGGUGGCAUCUACUCCCUCUUCACCUAUGCCAUGAACACGAAGACGAGCUCAGCGCGAAUGAGCCUUCCGGACCAGCCGAAGACUACACCAAAACCCCAGCGUUCCGAUUCCUAGCGAACGACCCCAACGCUCAAGUGGUCAUCAGCUUCCACGGCAACGCGGCCCAUCUGGGCUCCGCUCAAAGACCCGAGAUCUAUCGCAUGCUCCUGGGUCUUUCGACGCCCUCCAAUCCCGUCCAUGUCUUUGCAUUGGACUAUCGCGGCUUUGGAAUUUCCACAGGCACCCCAACAGAAGAGGGCCUGAUCACCGAUGGCGUCUCACUCCUCAAUUUCCUCACAGCAGGACCCCUGCACAUCCCCCCAUCCAGGAUCGUCAUCAUGGGACAGAGCCUGGGAACGGCCGUCAGCGCCGCAGUCGCCGAGCGCUUCGCAUUCGGUUCCCCAGAUCCUACAGCGAUCCAACCUGCCAUCAAAGACCCGGAACCGUUCGCCGGAGUAAUCCUCCUCGCGUCCUUCAGCAGCCUGCGCAACCUCCUUGAGUCCUACAGCUUCAAGGGCAUCACACCACCAAUGCUUUCGCCCCUAAUGGGAUAUCCCCGGAUCCAGAGAUGGAUUAGGAGUCACAUCGUGGAUCAUUGGGAUACGGCUGCUCGAGUGGCGCGCCUUGCGGGUGUUGGCCCCUCGGCCGAGGAGGACGCGAAGACAUCGUAUGGCAGCAAGGGCUUGGAUCUGGUCAUCGUCCAUGCAUUCAAUGAUGUGGAGAUUCCGUGGUACGAGGGACGUAGUGUUUGGAUCGCUGCCACGGGCGAAGACCAAAAAGAUGCCCCCGGUACCCUCGUUUAUCAGAGAAAGGACGAUGAUGGACCUUCUGAGCUGAAGAUCUGGGAGAAUAGGUCCGGUAAAGACUCAGGAGCGGUGAAGAAGGUUCGCUGGGAACGGGUCGGCUACGGUGGUCACAACCGUGUUGCAACAUUUUCUGUUGCUGCAUUAUCUGUUCUCCGAGCCUUUGAGAUGUAG